UUUCUGGACUUUUUGGUUUUAUUUUUUUGUUUAUUUUCCCACUUUCCCGCCUCUCGCGUGUUUCCCACCCUCCCGAUCCAACCUCAAUCAAUCUAUCCAUCCAUCCAUGAUUUGCAUUUGGUCAUUUUUUUGUUCUUCGUUCGUUCGUUCGUUCGUUUCUUCUUCUGUUCUCUGUAAUGUUUUUAACCUCUCAUCUCUUCACGUUUUGCGACAUUGGACAACGGCAACUUGGUCGUACGCACCACCACCACCACCACCAACACUACCACAUACGCAUACUACAUACAUACAAUCCAUCCAUACAUAUAACUUAUACCUGACACAUCUACCUAUCUUACUUACCGGCAGUAGUAGUACCGAGCCACCACCCUCUCCUGCGUACGGUACGUACGCCUACAUCCUGUUCUCAUCUAUACCAUGUCAUAUCGCACUCUGCCAUAUCGUAAUAUACAAAUACCAUAUCUCUGGCAAUAUACCAUAUUCCAUAUUCCAUACGCCAUAUGUAGGAGGCUUGCAACGCUGCCAGCAGCAUGCUACGAGAGAUGAUCUGGGGGACCACGUAUCGUGUAACCCACGCGCACGCCGCGCCCCGGCCAAAAAAACAAAAUCCCAGUCCUCCCUUCCUCUUCGUAGCUAUCUAACGUAGCCAUCUAUCUGCCUACCUACCUACCUACCUAUCUGUCCGUCUCUCUGUGGUCUAUCUACCUAUCUACUUGUCCCCUUCCCUCCUCCCUUUUAGUUCUAGGCCGGGCCCAAAAGGCCUUUUUUCACCCGGCGAUCGAGAUCUGUGCGAGCCUGCUUCCUCCCAGGCCCCCCCGUUCUUUGUCCGACGUCGUGACACACUUUUUCUUCUUCUUUUGGUGGUUUUCCCCAUGU